UACAAUCAUAUUGAUCAAAACGAUGCGUAUUUUUCACAUUUUCUAUCAGUUCGAAAUAAUUUUGGAGGAUGCUUUCGUCAGCAAUAAUGUUGGAGCCAUCACAGCAGCACUUCUGAGGGAGAAAGCCUCCAAAUCGUUGGUUAACAGAUUGAACAAAGUCGCUAACAAGGAACUUGACAGAAGUGUGUUCAAAAGUGUCACUUUGCUUUUGAGAGCAAUUGAAGAUGUAUGCCAGUAUGAUGAAGACUGCUUUAACUGCCUGGCCAGGCAAGGUCUCGUUUACAAGAUAAGUAUCUUAUAUAUAUAUAUCCAAAGAUGUUUAACAUUCAAAUGUUAUCUAUCGGGUUCUGAUGGGUUAGUUACAACUGGAGUUGGAGUGGAAAACCUACAGGAGGGCAGUUCUAAAAGAACAGUUGGAGAGCCCUGGUCUAGGGUCGAUUUAGAAUACAUUUCCAGUGUUAUUCACUGCAUCAGCCAACUAAACUGUUUUUUUCAGCGUUUGCCUCCUUCUGUUGAAGACAGAGGUGAGCUCACCAGCGUCUUCCUGCUGCAUGUUGGAGUGGUUGGGACCGAUCCAGACGUCACGUUUAGUCUGAGAUUAGAGGCUAUAAGAACGAUUAACUCGAUCCUCGACAAUACCACAAAAGAAGAGAGAAGGAAACUGAGCAUGUCCAAAGACCAUUGUCUACUCCUUGAGCAAUUUGCAAAAGUCAUUCUCAAUGUGGGCGACUAUGAGAUGCAGGUGGCCCUAUCCGAAGCACUCUGUCGAAUGACCAUAAAGAGGUCGAGGAAAGAGCUGACCAGCAAGUGGUUUGCCAACCCAGUUUUUGCAGAGGGGUUCAACGCAAUAAACGAUACAGAAUUUGAGAUAGACUGCAGAACUUUUCUCAAUGACUUGAACAGCUAUUUUGGAGAUGAAAGAAGGGGAGUCCACACUAUUUUCUUUACAUUUCAAACACCCACCUCAUUGGUGUUCACGUUCCCCUGCAUCUGUGUGUUUCUUGACACCACUGAGCUGUUCAUGCCAGAGGAUGAGAAACUGGAACAUUUCUGGGUGGACUUCAACCUAGGAACGUCCUGUAUCAGCCUCUUUGUCAACAACCCCGAGGGUUCACUGUGGGAAUCAAUCCAUUUGCUAAGAGCAGACGUCUUUAGGUUCAGUGUGUGUGACUGUGAUAAUCAGACCAUUCUGACUGUUCACCUGUCCAACCCCCUCACCUAUCGCAUGACCAAGGGAAAGAUGGUCCAGAUCAUCUUCGAUUCCAAGCAUGACAUCCUGGACGCUGCCAAGAGGGUCUUUGAAAGCAAACGACUACUGCAAAGUGUGCGUUCAGAUGACCAGCCAUCGAUACAACACGUCAUGGAACCUUUGCAAUCAGAUCUUGACAUGCUAGCUGCAUUGGAUACCUCAUCACUGUCCCCUACUCUGGCAACUGCAGGCAGCACAGAGAUCCCUGCUGUAAACCAGACCAGUCUGGCAACAACUCUGUCUCAGGAAAGAAUUGAAACUUCACCGGAGGACAUAUUUGAACUAUGUGCCAGCUCUGACACUGAGGUGGCCAGAGCAAAAACAAGGCUCUUCAGCACUCAGUCUCUCUCCUCUGGCGGGUCAUCACACUCCACCCCAACCAACAAGGAGAAACGGAAGCAAAAGUCUAAAUCAAAAGACUCUCCUCCUCCCCCUGCUGAGGCUGGCAGCAGUGUGAUCCUGUCCCAGCAGGCCAAACACGACUACACCAGGAAGAAGCCCAAAACCAAGAGCAAACUGAAGAUUCUACCCCUGUCCUCUCCCAGCAGUGCAGACGAGGCCUCCCCUGUCAAGCACCGUACACCAGCAUGCAGAUCAGCGGGGGGAACACCAAGUACAAACAUUGCAGAACGGCUAUUUGACAAGCUCAAAGAGGAAGAAUCUCUGGAGUUUCCUCCUCCGUCCAACCUGAUAUCACGAGAUUCAGGCUUCCGUGAUGUGACUGGGGAGGACUGGGACGAAUCUGUGUUUCCCCGAGAGGAACAAGAUGCAUCUACACCUACUGACCAUGUUCCCAAUCAGGAGGCUGGAAUUCAUAGGAAGAGGCCUUGGGCCUCAGAGAGUGCCGACUCGGGAGGUGCAGUGGAGAAGAAGAGUGUGCCGCUAGAAAGUGAUCCAAGGCAAAGUCCCAGGGCCUUCUUUCCCUCAGAACCUCUCGAGGAGGCUGCUGAAUCAAUGAGCAGAGUGCUGAAUGAGGAGGUGGAGUCUGAGAUGGAGAUGGGCUCUGGAGUCAUCGCUGCUUUCCAGACCUUCAAGAGCCAGCUGAGAGCGCACUUCUCGUCCAGGUACAAGAAAAUUGAAGCCCGCUCCCUGCAGUCUCUGAUGGACUGUCAGAAAAACGUCACUUCUCUCCUGGGUGCUGUCCAUGACAGCAGGCUGGUCCACCUGGAGCGCUUCCAGGCCACCGUAGUCCAGGAGUUGGGCCGCCUGGAGAAUGACUGCAUCUCGCUCAAAGAGAUUGAGUGUGAAACUGUGAACUUUUGGCAGAGCGAGUCUCAGUCCGUGCGGUCGUUCUGUGACCGACAGCAGCAGAGGUUAGAGUCGCUAGGAGAGCCCAGAGAUGUCUGGAGGAGCAGCCUGUCACAGAGUGAGGAGGCUGCAGCACCACCGGAACCUCCAAAGUAGAAAGCUGGUGACAAAGGAAAUAGAUAAGACUCUCCAGUUCCUGAUGAAACCAACACCACUUUGGACCUUUAUGCUGACAUUGAACCAUGAGUGACAUCGUACAGACGCGUAAUGGCUGAUAGACCAUGACCAAAGUUCUCACACAGGCAAUGACCUACCUUGCUCAUUUUUUUUUCUGCCAUUGUUCAAAAUAUACUCAAUUAGAGCUAAUACAUGCAUAGCUGAAGGAUAAUAAUAAUAGGCUGAAUUUCAGGGACUUGGUUAGACAUCAGAGAGCAAGGCAGACCAUGCGUGUUUAUUUUUUUAAAUAACUUUUGUCAUGUUUGUUGAUAGCCACUCAGACAUUCAGUGAUUGAUUGAGAAAUGCAAUGUAUGAAGUCUACGAAAGUCAUCAGGAAAGCCUGUAAAAUAUAGUUUUUCUAAAGAACCAGUCAAAUGUUUACUAUGUUUUGCACCCAUAAACUUACAUUCAAAUACAGUGGGAUAUAUCAGGUAGGUUUAGCAGUGUUUCUAAGGCAUCUUUAGUUUAACAAUGAUUUGAGUGAAUGCUCUGGAGGGAUAUUUUUGUUGAGUACAUACCGGAGGCUAUAUUCAAUAAAGGCAUAGUUGUGGCCAAAUAUAUUGGCACCCGUGCACUUUUCUUAAAUAAUUCCCUCUAAAAUAAGUUAACUUUUGCAAUGUUCAACCCAGUGUUAUUGGAUUUUUUAACAUUCCAGAAUUUUAAAACAUUUUUGUGAACUUGUUUAAUUAAAAAAUGUGUUUAGAAAAUACAGGCAAAUGGCAUGGACAAAAUGAUUGCCACUCUGGAGCUAGUACUUGAUUGCUCAGUCUUUGGCCAAGAUAAUGGCAGACAAAUGCUUCUUGUAGCUAUCAAUAAGCUUGCUGCACCUUUUCUACAGACAAUUCGGCCCACUUUUCAGCAGCAAAUGGCUCUAAUUUGUCAAUGUUUGAGGGGUGCCUUCCACCAGCUGCUGUUUUCAGAUAUCUCAUAGGUUUUGGAUGUGAUUCAGAUCUGGACUUGUCACUGGCCACUUCACAACAGUCAAGCAUCUCUUUUCCAUUCCUGGGUGUGUUUUGUGUGUUUGAGGUCGUUGUUGUGCUGGAAGAUCCACAAGCAUUAACGGAGACCCAGUUUUUUGGCUACUGGGUUGAACAUUGGACUCCAACACCUAAUCUACUGAUUUCAUGAUGCUUUGUGCACAUUCAAGGCCCCUAGUACCAAAAGCAAUGUAACCCUGCAGCAUUAUCAAACCCCAUCUUUGAUUGUACGGAGGGUGUUCUUUUCAUUGAAAACUUAAUUUGGUCGUCAGUAAACGGCGCGGAUCUGAAAUUGCCAUAGAACUAAUUUGUUUCUUUGGUCCACAUAACAUUGAAGUUUUUGUGUAGUUAAAGCAGGCUUUCUUGUCUCCAUCAGCAGUGUGGUCUUCCUAUGUUUACCAUCAACCAAAUAAAGCAUUC